GUCGCUGGGCGCAUGGUCCAAUUCGGCCUGAGAAUAUCCGGAGGUGGGGCGUCGUGUGAUUACCUCAUUGUCCUAGGUCAUCACGUGAUUUUCCCAAACUUCCGGGAUAGCUAUGGGUGGUCUUUUGUACAUGUGGUCCUGGUGCACGAUAUGUUGUGAUUUAGUAAAGUGGCGUUAUAAUUUGUUAAACUAGAUUAUGAGUUCCCAGAAAGGAAACGUUGCAAGGAAAAGACCACAAAAGCAUCAGAAUGUUAUUCGGUUCAAAAAUGACAAAUAUGACAAAAGUGAAAAGAUGAAGAGACUAAAUGCAAUGGUGCAUACAGGUGUCUGUAAACAUUGUAAGGAAGUGUUAGAAUGGAAAAUAAAAUACAACAAAUAUAAGCCACUUGGUCAAGCUCGGAAAUGUGUUAAAUGCCUUCAGAAAACAGUGAAGGACUCUUACCACAUUAUGUGUAAACCCUGUGCUUUCAAAUUGGAGCUCUGCGCCAAAUGUGGAAAGAAAGAAGAGAUUGUGAAUCCAUUGGCUUCUGAGGAAUAUCAACAAGAAAACAGCAAUGUUGAAAUGAAUCUAAGAACAAGAAGCAGACUAAAUGGCAGAAAGGAGGAUGGUGAUGAUGAUGACGAUGACGACAACGACAGUAUUGCUGACUCUGAUUUUGAUACUGAUGAGGGCAAUGAUGUAAAAGAUGAAGGUGAUUUCAUUCAGUCCUCUUUAACUCCUCUACACACUCCACAUAUGGAUGCGGCAUUGUAUAAAAACAAAUCAUCAAAGGCUGAAGGAACUGAGGCACCUGGCGUGCUUGAUAUUUCUAUCUUGACUCUGGAUGCAUGAUAGAUUGCGGUCAUAACAUUCUAAUGUUAAAUUACAAUAAUCUCUCAGGAUUUUGCAUAACUUAUGAAUCCUGUUGAAUUUUUGCUUGACUAGCAUGAGAUAGUGCUAGUACACAUGAAUGUGAUAAAUAUUAAACUAACAUCUUGGAAAUCAGGAUUGUAAGAGCAAACCCUAGAAAGAUGUAACUUGUGUUUGACUGAUGUGUUAUGCUGUUCCAGUUUUGAAGGAAUAUACAUUGACAUCAUUAUCACCUUAUUUAUGGAAAUGUUGCCAGUUGGCACUAACCCUCUCAACAACUACAUUGUGACAUAAAUGACCAUGUAAUUGUGACCUAAUUUGUUCUUUACUCUGUAAUAUUGUUUAUAUAUUGCUGAUUAAAAAUAAACAUGUAAAAAGUUUUUAUUUCGUACUCAGCAGGGCAUAUACAAGAAUGUGAGAUUUCAAAGGGCACUACAGGCCAUGACUUGACUAAUCAGCACCCUUUGCUCAUGCAAUAUAACUUGUUGCUCACUUUUGAAAUUUGCCAUUCUUGCAUCUGUUCUGAUGACUGCAGGAUGAAAAAUUCAAAACUACUGCAAUUCUGUACUACCAAACAAUUAUUGUUUUAUUUGGAUAAUCUUUCAAAUAGUGGGUUCUGACUUUCUACUUAAGUGAAUAAAGUUAUAAGAAUCAUAGAAUCCCUACAGUGUGGAAACAGGCCCUUCGGCCCAACAACUCCACACUGAACCUCAGAGUAUCCCACCAGACCCAUCCCCCUAUAACCCACCUAAUCUACACCUCCCUGAACACUAUGGGCAAUUUAGCAUGGCCAAUCCACCUAACCUGCACAUCUUUGGACUGUGGGAGGAAACUGGAGCGCCUGGCGGAAACCCACUCAGACGCUGGGAGAACGUGCAAACUCCUCACAGACAGUCGUCCGAGGCUGGAAUCGAACCCGGGUCCCUGGGGUUGUGAGGCAGCAGUGCUAACCACUGUGCCACCGUACUGCCCCAUACUGUAUAAGAAAUCAUACUGUUAUUUCCUUAUUUUUAAUUGCACUGUACUUUGUCUUUAUUUUCCUCCUCCGCUUUAAUUGGUCCAAGGUAUCUGAACAGGAAAUGCUGGAAACAUUCAACAGGCCAUGGAAGAUUUGUGAAAAUGGAAACAUCCUGAUGGCCUUAUGUUAGAACUGGAGAGAUGAGCAGAAAUCUUGUUGACAGAGAGAAAACUUCAAAGCCAGGCCUCCUUUUUGAAGAAAAGAAACAAUAAAUUAAAGCACUGAAGAGCUUAUGAAUUACAGCAGUUGCUGGAACUCCGAACUAAAAACAGAAAAUACCCAGUGGUAGCCCAUGUUUGUCAAGAGAGAAAAGUAAGAUAACGUUUCAGGUUGAUGAUUAUUCAUCCCAGCUAAAUGUUGAAUUAACAUCAAACCUCAAGUUUGUACUUUAAACCCCUGCUUGGAAUUGGUCUUUUUGGAAAUUUGCAAGCUUAACUUUCCAAAAUAAAAUUGAUUGUAUUCAUA